GCGUGGCUGGCCACCGUCCUGCCUUUCACUAUAACUCAGCAUGCCAUGCUCACGCGGGAAACCAGGCACUCAUCGCCAACAACCUCCAAGAACUCAUUCGUGAUGGUGCCCACACUGUUGCAGAUCUUAUGGCCCUGGGUUCGACUAUGCUAGGGAGACGCCAUGUCCAGCCCUCUGUGCCGUCCACGCUCCAUGAGAUCCAGGUCGAAGGUACGUUCCCGACGGGCACUUAUCUUGUCACGGUGCACAACCCCAUUGCCAGUGAGGACGGUGACCUUGCGCGCGCACUCUACGGCUCUUUUCUGCCUGUCCCAGAUGCAGACUUGUUCCCAUCUGCGGAACCAUCCUUGUAUGAGGGCUCAAAGCAGCCAGGCGCCGUGAUUGCGGUGAAGGGGAAGAUUACCCUCAAUGAAGGCCGUAAGAGGGUCAAGCUCAGUGUCACGAGUAAAGGCGACCGGCCGAUCCAGAUAGGCAGUCACUACCACUUCAUUGAAACGAAUCCACUGUUGGAGUUUGAUCGGAAGCAAGCUUAUGGCUUCCGGCUGGACAUCCCCGCAGGCACGUCGGUAAGAUUCGAGCCCGGUGACACGAAGACGGUGACUCUCGUUGAGAUCGCGGGGAACAAAGUCAUUCAUGGUGGCAACUAUUUAGCCACAGGUCAAGUAGACCUGGGCAGAGUGGAUGAAAUUAUUGCGAAGUUACAGGAGGCAGGUUUUGCACAUCGUCCGGGACCAGUAGGCGAUAUGGGAUCCAUCAGCGCAUGUGAGAUGGAUCGCAGUGCAUAUGUGACCAUGUUUGGACCAACCACCGGUGACCGCAUAAAGCUAGGAAGCACGGAUCUCUGGAUCAAAGUUGAGCGAGAUCUAACAUCGUAUGGCGAUGAAUGCAAAUUUGGCGGCGGCAAGACACUUCGCGAGGGCAUGGGACAGGCCACUGGCAGAUCAGAUAAGAUUACAUUGGACAUGGUUGUUACCAAUGCGCUUAUCAUUGACUAUACUGGCAUCUACAAGGCAGAUAUUGGUGUCAAAAACGGCUUCAUUGUCGGCAUCGGCAAAGCUGGAAACCCAGAUGUCAUGGAUGGCGUCACUGAAGGCAUGAUUGUGGGAAGUUGUACCGAUGUCAUUGCUGGUGAAGGCAGGAUCAUUACGGCUGGAGGCUUCGACUCACAUAUCCAUUUUAUCUGUCCGCAACAAGUUCCGGAGGCCAUCGCCAGCGGUAUCACCACCAUGUUGGGUGGUGGUGUGGGUCCAAGUGCUGGAACCAGUGCAACGACAUGUACACCUGGUGCCAACUAUAUGCGAGAGAUGCUUCAAGCCUGUGAUGAACUUCCGCUCAAUAUAGGUAUCACCGGAAAGGGCAACGAUAGCGCACCCGAAGCAUUGCGUGAACAGGUGAUCGCUGGAGCUUGUGGGCUGAAGCUCCACGAGGACUGGGGCAGCACACCUGCAGCUAUUGAUACAUGCCUGUCCGUCUGCGAUGAGUUGGAUGUUCAAACCCUCAUUCACACAGAUACGUUGAACGAAUCUGGAUAUGUUGAAUCCACUAUUGCGGCCUUCAAAGACCGUGUCAUUCAUACCUAUCACACUGAAGGUGCUGGUGGUGGUCAUGCUCCUGAUAUCAUUAGUGUUGUCGAGCACCCUAAUGUUCUACCAUCCUCAACAAACCCCACCAGACCAUAUACGCGCAAUACCCUUGACGAGCACUUGGACAUGCUCAUGGUCUGCCAUCAUUUGUCCAAGAACAUUCCCGAGGAUGUUGCGUUUGCAGAAUCUCGAAUUCGUGCCGAGACCAUUGCCGCGGAGGACGUGCUCCACGAUCUUGGCGCCAUCAGCAUGAUGUCCUCUGACUCUCAAGCUAUGGGACGCUGCGGUGAAGUAAUCCUGCGGACGUGGAACACAGCGCAUAAGAACAAAGUCCAAAGAGGUACACUGAAGGAAGAUGAGGGCACUGAUGCAGACAAUUUCAGAGUAAAGCGAUACGUGAGCAAAUAUACUAUCAACCCAGCGAUUGCUCAGGGAAUGGGACAUUUGGUCGGAAGUAUCGAGGUUGGCAAGCUUGCUGAUCUUGUAGUCUGGGAUCCUGCCUGGUUCGGCGCGAAACCUAGUCUGAUUGUGAAGAGCGGACUAAUUGCCUAUGCGCAAAUGGGCGACCCCAACGCCUCUAUUCCAACAGUACAACCGAUCAUCGCACGGCCCAUGUUUGCACCGCUGGUACCAAGAACGAGCGUGCUUUUUGUUUCCCAGGCAUCUAUCUCCUCGGGCACGAUUGCUACGUAUGGACUACGUAAGCGCGUCGAGGCCGUCAAGAACUGCAGGAAUAUCAGCAAACGCGAUAUGAAAUUCAAUGACGUCAUGCCUAAGAUGAAGGUCGAUCCAGAAAAGUAUACCGUCGAAGCCGAUGGCAUGGUGUGUACAGCAGAGCCUGCGGAGAGCUUGCCAUUGAGUCAGCAAUGGUUUGUGUAUUGAGUGGCUGCUGAGAGGAGGCGACCUUAGGAGACAGCACGACAAGAAGUUGUAGUAGUAAGAGAGUAUCAGCAUCGGUAUCUCACUGUAUGGUUGUCAUUCACUACCAUAUUCCGACAUGGUUAUCAUCAGUCGA